CGGAGCCGUUACGGGACUACAAGUCCCGGCGUGCCCCGCGCGGGGCGCCCCGCCCUCACUGGCCGCGGCGCGGGGAUUUGGACGGGGCGCGCGGCGGGACCGCGGCUCUGCCUGCGAGAAGCGAUAGCGAUGGCUGACAUGAAGCACCUCGAGGGCACUGAUUUUGUGGCGCAUACGGCCAGUAGGGAGGGCACAGAGGCGCUGCUGGCGGAGCUGUCGAAGAGUCUUUCCUGUCCCCGGAGGCCGCCGGCCACCUCACAGAACUUGGUGUGCGACCAAAUCUUGCGAGCCUGCGUGCAGCGCCUGGGCGAGCUGGGGGGGGAGCCGAGGGGGAAGCCGGGGAGCGAGCCGGGGGGCCGCCUCGACCACGCCGCCAGCUUGCUGGGGCUGGCCGAGGUGGCCUUCAGGGGCUACGUGGCCUCGGAACCUGCCUGUCAGUCCCCCUUCUACCUGGAGAAGAUCCUCUACCACCUCCUGCGCAACGCGGCCGCGGGGGGCUGCGGCACCGCUUGCUUGCGAGCAGCCCAGCUCCUCCUCGUCCGCCUGCGCACCCUCCGGCCCGUCGGCCCCCCCUGCAAAGACUUCACGUCCAUCGCCCAGUACGCCUUCCUCGUGCUGUGGAAGCAGGCAGAUGGCCUGGGGGGCCGCCUGCAGGCCCUGCACUUCCUCCUGCUGCUGGAGAACGAGGAGGCCGCCGUGCUGCCGCUGGAGCCGCCCUUCUUCACCUCGCGGACCGCGCGCCAGGCAUCCGCCGCCAUCCUCUCCGAAGCCCCCCGUGUGCCUGUCUCGGCCUCACGGAGCCGGUGCUUCGCGGCCUGCCUCCUCACCCUGCGCCAGGACGCGCCGCGACCCCCCGGCCUGCCGCAGGCCUUCUGCUGCUUCGAGCUGGCGCUGGAGCAGUGCCGGCAGCUCUGCAGGGCUGGCUGCUACAGCGAGGCGGAGGCGGCGGCGGAGGACGCCCGCCGCUUCUUGCACGGCUCUAGGGUGCCGCUGGGCGAGCCCCUGAACCUCCUGGAGGCCGCGGUGAGGCUGAGCCGGGUGCUGGCUGAGGGCUUGAGGCCGGCGGAGCCCCAUCUCUCGCAGGCGGCGGCGGCGCUGGGCGGCGCGGCCGAGGCCUCGGAGCGUCUCCUGCGGCUGCUGGCCGAGGGCUGCCAGCUGGUGGCGGCGCCCCUGGGCGAGCACAGCAAGAGGAGCCCGCGGCAGCCCUUGAGCCGCGAGGACGUGCUCGGCCUCUGCGCCUUCGUGGAGGGGCACUGCCAUGUCCUCGGCCUGCUGCUGCAGAGGGUUCCCCCCGACGGCACGAAGCAGAGGCUAGCGCUGAAGCAGCUGCUCUUCCAGAGCCUCCAGCUCUUCACCAACAUGGCGUGCGACACCUUCCAGUGCUCCCAGGCGGCCGGGUGGUCGGAGCUGGAGCGGCUGACAUCGGGCUGCCGGGGCAUUGUGGCCCGGAUGCUGGAGGCGCUGGAGGGGCUCCCUGACACCAAGCAAGCCAAGCACCUCGAUGCCACCGCAUUGUGCACAUUUAAGCUGGCCUACAUCUUCUACAACCAGAACCUUCACGAGGAGGCCAGCUCCAUCUCCGAGCUCUUCUGCCGGAUGCUGGAGACGACAGACUGUUACAAAUACCCCGAGAUCCCCCACGAAAGGCUGCACAGAUGCUUCAGGCUGCAGGUGGAGAGCUACCGAAAGCUGGGCCGGCUGGAGAGCGCCCUGGCCUCCACCGUGCAGUGGCUGGUGGCGCUGCGGGGCCGCCUCGGGGAGCUGCUGGCCGAGCCCGUCUUCCUCUGGGUCCGAGUGAAAACCGACGCUGUGAAGCAUGGAGCUGAGGAGCUGCGGCUGAGGACCCUGAAGGAAGCCUUGGAGGGGCGCUGCCUGGAUGCAGAGACCUUGGUGGCCAUGCUCUUCGAGGAGCUGAAGGCGUACAAGACCAUCCCUGCCAACACGGGGCAGGAGCGCUACAACAUCCUCUGCGACCUGCUGGAGAUCUGCUCGGAGGAGAGCGGCCGCCUGCACGAGCGCGCCGUCGGCUUGAUGGAGCUGGCGCAGCUCCUGUGCUACCACAAAUCCACCUGGCAGACGGACUGCUCUGCACUGGACUCGGUGCACAAAGCCUUGCGGCUGUUGGAGGCGGUGCCCAGGAGUGCCCAGAACCAGGAGCAGCUCCUUGAUGACCGGGCACAGGCUCUGCUCUGGCUCUACAUCUGCACGCUGGAGUCCAAGCUGGAGGAGGGCAUGGCGAGGGAGCAGAGAGCCAAGGCUCAGGGGCAGAAGAACCUGGACGACUUCAAGCCAAACGACCUCGACUACGAGGCGGGGCCGCAGGAGACGUUCCUGUACGAAGGCAUCUUCUUCAACCUGGCGACAGAGUCGGCCCGCUCCGAGAGCCUGGACGAAGCCUUGGCCCUGUGGAAGCAGCUCCUGGCCUCCGAGGGCGUCCCAGUCGUGCGCAGCCCUGAGCAGACCGUGGCCUCCCUGCACAUCAUGGCGGCUCUCUAUAGGCUGAUGGCCAAGCCUUUGCAAGCCAUAGAGAGCUACCUGCUGGUCCGAGCCCUGUGCCGCGCGCUUGGGGACAGGCUGGGCAUGGCCGGCGCCCUCUGCCAGGUCACCAAACUGCUCCUCCAGCUCGAGUGCCACAGCUACGCCGAGCUCUUCCUGGCGGAGACAGAGUCCUGCUUGCAGGACGCCGACAGCAGCAGCGAUUCCUACCUGCUGCUGCAGCAAACCUGCCUGGUGCUCCGCAGCCAGAUGUGCUGCGCCAGCAACCGGGUCGAGGAGGGCCUUGCCCUCCUGCUAGAGGUGCUCCAGAACCCGGCUCUGCAGAAGGCGGCCAAGGUGUGGUACAUGCUCCGAGCACAAGUCUUGCAACUCACUGCUCUCUACCUCAGCCUGCCACCCAGCCGCCUCUCGCCAGAGCUCAGGCAGCGCAUCUCCACGCAGGGGCCGAAGACCCCUGAGGCGGCUCUGGAUGAAGCCUACAAGCUCUUCCGCAGCAUCCUCCUCCUCCUGGUGGGCAGCGACGUGCUGGGCUCCCAGAAGCCGGCUGCAGAGGCACAGUUCGUGGAUUGUGGGGACAACGUGCUGCAGAAGUGGCAGAUGCUGGUUGAGUUGCUGAGCUGCAUGGAGUGCCUGGUGGCCCUGCUCGGCCGCGCCGAGGUGGUGUGCAGGGCCAAAGCCUUCUGCCUGGAGGGUAUCAGGCUGGCCACGAGGCUGCAGGCGAGCCGGUGGUGCGUUUCCUUCCUGGUGCUGAAGGCGCAGCUGGAGCUGCAGCAGAACGACCUGGAGCUGAGCCACGUGGACCUGCAGCGGGCGCUGUUCCUGCUGGAGUCCGGCACUGAGUUUGACACCGCCAAGGAGCAGCGAGGCCCCAAGAAGAUCCUGCCCAGGAAGGGCAGACUGGAGGGCAGGAGGCGGCAGGAGUCCAGCUCUGAGCCCCCCGGGGAGGACGAGGGAUUCCUGAAGGGCCCCGCGCUGGAAUUUGUGGCCGUGGUGAGCAGGCAGGAGAAGGCGGCCGCGCUCUGCUCCUCUCCGCAGCUGGAAACCAAGCCGAGGAGGAGGCUGGACUUCCUUGCCCACCCUGCUGCCUGCCCCUGCUGCCUCUGCUCUGACCUGGCCCUCUCGGCCCUCUGCCUCCGCUGGCUGCUUGCCUGUGCCCAGGGCGAGCUGGCAGCGGGCAGUACGGCCGAGGGGCUGGGCCUGCUCCUGGCCACCCUGCGGCGUUGCGGCCCUGUGGCCGCUCGCUUCUCCACCUUGCUGCAGGACAAGCUGGGCAGCGGCAGAGACGCUCCGACGCUGGGGCUGCUGGAUGACCUGGUGGCCACCGGCUACGCCACGCUGGCCCUUCACAGCCUGGCCAGCCCCCAGCCCGAGAGGGAGCUGCUGGAGCAGCUGGAGGCCGGUUUGUCCUUCGUGGCCUCCUGCAGACCCCACCUGCCCAGCCUCGAGGUCUCAAGGGCCAGCCUCCUGCUUGCCAAAGCCACGGUCACCAUUUGCCGCCUGGCCACCAAGUGCGGUGGCUCCAUGGCCUCCGUCUUCCCCGCUGCUUGGGCUCAGCAGCCGCUCCCCCCAAGUCCCACCAAGAAGAAGGCUCAGCCCCGGAGGGGCAGCAGCGAGGUGGCGCCGGCAGCGUCCUCGCUGCCCAAACCCAAAGCGACGAAGACCCCGAGAGCCAAGUUCCCAGCUGGGGUGGAUGCCGCCCAGGCCCCCGCGCUCAGCAACUCCAAGGCUGAGCCGGCGGUGGCGCCUCGCACCCUGCGCCCCAGAGCCUGUCCCCCCACCAGGACCCGUGCCCAGGGGGGCGCAGCAGCCCCCAUGCCCAGACCCAGAGUGAAGAACCAGAGAGCGAAGCCCCUGGCCGCGGCGGGGGCCACCAACACCUGUGCUUUGGGCAACUCUGACGCUGAGGUGUCCUCCGUUGUGCUCCUGCCGGCGGCCGUGCCCAGCAGCCUGCACCAGGUCUGUACCCCCACCAAGGCACGGGGCCGGGGGGCUCCCUUCACUGUGUUCAAAGAUGCCUCGCCGCCGCUCAGCAAGACCCAGCUCCUGAAGGCGCCCAAAGCCCAGAGGUCGAGGUCUCACCUGCCGGUGCUGUUCAGCGAUGACAGCGACGCUGAGGAUCCCGAGCCGGGGGCGACUCCGGCGAGCGGCAGAAGCCAGGCUCCCAGCCACAGGUCGCUGCAGUCAGCAUCCCACUGCCGGAGAGUUCUGCUCCCUACGCUGGAGGGCUGCCAGCUGAGCUCCUCGGAGGGCAGCAGCAGCAGCGCCCAGCCCCGGAGGGGGCACAGGGCUGCGGGCACAGAGGAGAAGAGGCAGCAGGUGACCCGCAGGGCUCCAGCCAGGAGAGCCAAGGAGGAGCGGGGGCUUCUGAGAACCAUCGAGGAGGAUAAGGAAAACAAGGAGCUUGACAACAGCUUCGAGCUCUCGCAAUCCUGCGAGGAAGAAGAGGGAGCCGCAGGCAGCAUCCAGCCGCCCCGGCGCAGGCAGGAGGUUGCGGAUGGGAAGCACGAGGUGCUGCAGCGCAAGGCCACCGAGCACGUCCCGGCGGGGGGGAGGCCGGGCAGCGGGAACCCCCUGUGCCUCGAUGCCCUCACCACUGCCCUGCAGGCUGUGGAAGAUGUUUCCUUGCUGGACACUGCCUGCGGGUUCCUGAAAGCUGCCUUCAACUGCAUCAGCCACUGCCCGCCUGGCACGCUCUACAGCCAGCUCUGCCAGCUCCUGGCUCUGGCCACGGGCGACCAGGACCCCGUCUCCACUGCCUAUCUGCUGUCCGAGUCUGUCUCCAUCACCAUGCGCCAUCAGCUGCUCAGCGUCAUCCACAAGAAGCUUCACAAACUGAAGAAGAAGUCGGCAGCAGCUGCGGCUGAGCAGCUCCAAGGGCUCUCCCUGCAGGAUGCUCCCUCGCGCGUCCAUCACCUCACUGAGCUCCAGAACCUCUUCAGCUUCAGCCCCACGGGUCUGGGGCCCCAGGAGCUCAACAGCUUCAGAGAGCAGCUGCAGCAGAUCCCUGCAGGAGUGACCAUCUGUGUGCUGACCCUCAUGAGCAUCCAGCCCUCCUCCAUGGGCGACACGCUGCUGCUGACACGGUUGGAGAGGGGCAGCGCUCCCAUCACCAUCCACAUCCCGACCGCGCUCACCAAGGCCCCGCUGAGCUCAGUGCUGAGUGACUUCGACACCAUCCAGAAGGAGCAGAAAGAAACCAUCAGCUGCACCAACAAGCGUGAGUGGUGGCUGUGCCGCUCCGAGCUGGACCGCAGGAUGAAGAGCCUCAUCGACACCCUGGAGACGGAGGUGCUGGGCUGCUGGAAGGGAGUGCUGCUCCCCGCCAGCCAGGAGCCUGCGCUGGCCAAGGAAGCUGCCCACCUCUUUGCCCAGCUCCGUCCCUGCGGCUGGCGGGGCUCGGACCCGGCGCUGCUCAAGGUCCUGCUCAACGCUGCUCCCCUCCUCACCCCUGCCGACGUGCGAACCCUGGCCGCAGGGCUGUGCCCUUCGCAGUCCUGCAACAAAGCGCAGCUCCUCCUGCAAGAGGCCCUGGAGAAGCAGAGGAGCCACGUCCGGGCACCUGGCGGCUCCCUCGUCCUCGUGCUGGAUAAACACCUCCAGAAGCUGCCCUGGGAGAGCAUGGCGUGCCUGCGUGCCGUGCCUGUCACCCGCCUCCCGUCCCUGCGCUUCCUCCUGAGUUACAACCUGGCACCGAGGCAGGCAGGCUCUGUGCUGCGCUGCGGUGUCAACCCCACCAGCACCUUCUACGUCCUCAACCCCCAGAACAACCUCCCGAGCACCGAGGAGUGCUUCCGCAGCUGGUUCGAGAGCCAGCAGGGCUGGAGCGGGGUCACAGGAGCCAUCCCCAGCCAGGAGCAGAUGCAGGCAGCGCUGCUGGAGCACAACCUCUAUAUCUACCUGGGGCAUGGGGCGGGUGCCCGCCUGCUGGACGGGACAGACAUGGCCCAGCUGGACUGCAACGCCGUGGCCCUGCUCUUCGGCUGCAGCAGCGCUGCGCUGGCCGUGCGUGGCCGCCUCGAGGGCUCCGGCAUCGUCCUCAAAUACAUCCUGGCCGGCUGCCCCCUCUUCCUGGGCAACCUGUGGGACGUGACUGAUCGUGACCUUGACCGCUAUACCCAGGCGCUGCUGCAGGGCUGGCUGCGGGCAGGCUCCGGUGCCCCCCUCCUGCACUAUGUGGCCCAGGCCCGCCAAGCCCCCCGCCUCAAGUACCUCAUCGGGGCUGCCCCCGUCGCCUAUGGCCUGCCUGUGUGCCUGCAGUGAGAGCCGGCGCCCCCCCUGCUUCCUGUUCUUUUAAUUAGUUGGAUUUUAAAUAAUUCCCCCUGGUUUGAUGUCCUGAGCUAAUAAAUCUUUUCCCCUUCAACA